ACAUGGCUGCAUCUCUGACUGCCCGGGCUGCAGAGUAGCCCUCUGCCCCGCAAUCAGCCCAUUAGACUGCAGUGUGUGUGUGUGUGUGUGGUUUUGUAGCUGGUAUCCCAAUGGCCUGUUAGAGGUCGGGAUGCUGCUUUGUAAAUAUUUGGCGUUUUUCACUUACAGCAUUAUGCUCUGGAGAAGGAGGUAGCAUGUCUAACGGUUACCGGACUCUAACGCAAGGACAUGCCAGGACAAUGGCUGUCCUUUAAUAUGGACUCUGUAUUCCCACACAGUACAGAGGGGUCAAAGACGACCGAUCUUUUCUUACCUAUAACGGACAUGACAAGCGGUGUCGCUGCUCUCUGACGGUCAUGUCUAACGGUUACCGUACUUUGUCGCAGCACCUGAAUGACCUGAAGAAGGAGAACUUCAGCCUCAAGCUCCGCAUCUACUUCCUGGAGGAGAGGAUCCAGCAGAAGUUCGAGGAGAGCAGCGAGGAUGUCUACCGCACGAACAUCGAGCUGAAGGUGGAAGUAGAGAGCUUGAAGCAGGAGCUCCAAGAGAAACAGCAGCUUCUGGACAAAGCCCUCACGACAGCAGUGAGCUUGACCAAUCACAAUGAGGCAGAGCUGCAGAGACGGUGUCAGGAGAGGCAGCAGGAAAUCGACCACAUGCAGCAAGUGCUCGAGACCAAGAUCCAGCUCCUGCAGGAGGAGGCCCAGCUGGCACGCAGCGAGGCCGAGAGGAUGGUCUCGCUGGCUGGAUCACAGUCCCGCGCCUCGCUCCUCUCCCUAGACAUCCCCAUGGAGGACAUCCCAGAGGAUGAGAGGCCUCCAAGCGUCCUGUCCCCAUUCAACACCAGCAAAGACAGGCGUUACUGA